AUGAGUGCUUCAUUCAUCAUUUCCACGGCUUUCAAUUAUGAGUCCCAAGCCCUGCCUCCCGAGGCUAACCCAGCAGGCCGGCCUGCGAAGGUCGACAAUGAUAUCAAGUACCUCAAGAAGUUCGAGGAUCUCACGCUCUGCGACAUCCUUGACGAGCUUCGGCCCCUCAUAGGCAGCGCCUACGAUGACUACGAGCAGAAAAUCUAUAAAACAAUCAACCAGUUCUGCGAUCUCAGGUUUCUCGACUUUAUCGAGGUUUUUAAGCACCCGAAGGAGCCCAGCGUCCUCCAGUCCUACCAUAAGCUGGACGACUGCGACUACCAACUUGUCAGAGAUGUCCAAGUCGGCGAAAUCUUAGAAAAGUUCGACGCCGUCGCCUUGGAAUAUCGAGCCGCUUCUAUUGAUAUAACCAAGAUCCCCAUUCUCGCUUUUCUCAAGCAGCAGCCUCCCGCGCCCAGCCCAGCAGACCAGCCUGCGAAGGCUGACGAGGCCAUAAAUUCCAAUGAGAAGAUCCUCGAGACCACCACCAGCGACUUUCCUAAGAAGGAUCACUCGUAA